CUUGGACGAGCAUUUGCCACGAUUGAUAAGUCUACAGUAAUUAUAAUUAAGAGUUCAUAUAUAACAAAUUGGAUUCAAUGGAUAAAAAAUAUAGCGAUUGGAAUGUUUGGAGCCAAAUGGAUGGCAUAUGGAUAUUUAUUUUUUACACAAGAUCUUGACCUUAUAAUAUCAUCAGGAAAAGUAGCAAUUAUAGGUAUAGGAAUUGGAGCAUUUCUAACGACUAGAUUUGCAAUGAUAACAAUGUUGAAAGAAGUUAUACUUGCACAAGGACGAAAAGCAUCACAAGUAAAACUUGAUCUUAAUAAUGUAGAGUAUAGACAACUUUAUAAAAUGACACCACAAGAAAUACGGAAUUAUAUGUUUACAUUUCUAAUGGGAGCAUUAUUGAAAAAUGGUAACCUUAACGAAGCAUUAAUAGUUUUGCAUCAUAUGACAAAUAAUGAAGCACCAUUAAAUAAGAAUUUAUGUCGCAUGAAAAUGUCAAAAGUGGCACUUGAGACCAUUGAGAAGUUUCAAGAACAUGGAUUUCAUCCUAAUGCAGAAACAUUCUUACCUGUUUAUAAUUCACUUAAAAGGCAAGGGAGUAUUGAAGAAUUUAUUAGGCUGCAUAGAUUAAUGAGGGACAAGAACUCAUACAUCCAUUCUUCUGCUGUUACACAAGUGAAACGAUUGGGAGUUGUUGGAGCCGGUCAAAUGGGGAUGGGCAUCGCUCUGGUUGGUGCAAAAGUCUCAGAAUUGCCUGUUAAAAUUUUUGAUUCAAACCCUGAGCAGAUCAAAAAAGGAUUGAAAUUAGUAGACGAAUUACUUCGCAAGGAUGUUACUAAGAACCGUAUUACGGAAGAACAAGUCACUUCUAUAAAACAACGGAUCACAACUAUAACUGAUAUUUCUGGAUUAUCAGAUGUUGAUUUUGUUAUCGAGGCAGUUUCUGAAAAUGUUGCUUUAAAACAAAAGAUAUUUGAAAAUUUGGAUAAUAUUUUAAAUAAGGAAUCAAUUUUGGCUACAAAUACUAGUAGCAUUAGCAUAACAAAGAUUGCAGCUGCUACGAAAAGGCCUGAAAAG